AUGGUGGGGCUGGGUGCAAAGGAGACAACUUUACAGCAGAUCAGAAAAGCCAUAAAAAACGAUGAGAAUCAAGAAGAAUUGCGGAAGCCACCAGAGAGCUAUCGUUCACCAGUAGGAAUGGUCAGGAGUGGAAAACCCAAACUGCAAGGAAAAAUAUGUGGGCAAUGUGAAUCAAAAAAGGCUGGCUUGGUGUGUAUGGAAUGUGGAAAAGAUUAUUGUUUCAGCUGCUUUGCCAAGUUCCACCAGAAGGGUGCACUGAAACUCCACAGAAUGAUACCUCUACAGAUGGAGAUCCAGACUUCCAUCAGCACAUUAGAUGUUGUUAGUCAAUUUAAAAAACAAAUUGAUCCUGAAGAAUCUUCUGUGAAAACCAAACAGAAGGAUGUUGUUGAGGAGAAGCAGUCAUCUGUGAGAAAUCGUCUCCCUCCACCGAAAAAGAACACAGAUGCAGAGAUACAUGACAACAUGCAGGCUUUUGCAAAGAGGAAUGCAACAGUGAGGAGCAGUGCUAAAAUAUAUGUCAGCAUAGAAGUGAUUGCCGGUGUCUAUGGCUUUGCCAUCUCUUUGCAUAAUAUAGAUUGUGAGUAG